AUGGCUCCAGCCCUCACAAGACUCAGAACUGGUCCUGUGGGGCUGGAGGCUGAAGCCUCGAGCAUGGAGGAGCCAGGAGCCCCUUGGAACAUCGCUUCUCUAAGCGGGACGCCGGAGGUGGUGGACGCUCUUCGAUCGAAGUUCCGGCAGACCGGACAGAUCACAACCGAGGAGCUGGCCUCCUGCUUCCCGUUCCCAGUCGACGAGUUCCAGAUGGAUGCGAUCCGAGCCUUGAUCGAGAAGAGGAGCGUGAUAGUCUCCGCUCCUACUGGGAGUGGCAAGACAGUCUGCGGGGAGGCAGCGGUGUACCUCGGGUCUGCCAUGGGCAAGAAAGUGCUCUACACGACGCCUCUGAAGGCGCUGUCCAACCAGAAGUUCUCUGACUUUUGCAAGCAGUUCGGGAAGGAGAGGGUCGGGCUCUUGACCGGGGACGUCAGCGUCAACAGGGACAACGCGACGAUACUCGUGCUGACGACGGAGGUCUACCGCAACAUGCUGUACGACUCUCAGGACACCGUGGCCUCGGAGGUGCACUCGGUGAUACUGGACGAGUUCCACUACAUGAACGACGAGAGCAGGGGGACGGUGUGGGAGGAAAGCGUGAUCCAUUCCCCUCCCGAGAUCCUCCUCGUAGCGCUAUCCGCCACGAUGAAGAACGUCAAGGAUAUCAGGGACUGGUUCGCCCAUGUCCACGGCCCGACGGAUCUCAUCACCUCCGACUUCCGCCCGGUCCCUCUGCAGUUCAAGUUCAUCGACAGGAAGGGAAUCCUCAACCUGUUUGACAAUGAGAACAAUAAGAAGGGUCAGCCCAGGCUGAACCGCCUCCUCCUCCCCAGCGCUGCAGCAGCCCAGGACCCUCGGAAAAAGUCUGGGGGAAGCUCCAAGUUCGAUGGAUGGAAUGGGAAGAACUCUCGGCGAUCGUACGAGUCUGGCCCGAGGAGGAGGAGAGAAGGAGGAGGAGGAGGGGGAGAGGAAUUUUCAACCCCGAGUGGAGAGGGGUCUAGUGGGCGCAAGAGAGGAGGAGGAAGUUAUGCUGAGAUACCGAGCUACGGGUUUGCGGUCCGACAGUUGCAGAAGCGAGAGAUGCUGCCCGCCAUCAUCUUCAUCUUCAGUCGCGCACAGAGAUUCGCAAACGACUCCAACUGGAAAGUUUUCGAGUUGCUCGCUGUGAUUGGAUCUGUGACAUGCUCCUUACUCCUGCAGUUUGUCUCCCAGCAUAAAGAAGUGGCUCAGGAAGACCGGAUCAGGCUUGCUCUCCGUGGAAUUGCGUCUCAUCAUGCUGGGCUGGUUCCCCUAUGGAAGGCGCUGGUGGAGGAGCUUUUCCAGGAUGGACUGAUCAAAGUUGUGUUCGCCACGGAGACGCUGGCAGCAGGCAUCAACAUGCCAGCAAGGACGACUGUCAUCAGCUCUCUGUCCAAGAGAACCUCCGACGGAGUGACGAGCCUGACCUCCAACGAGCUAAGGCAGAUGUGCGGGAGGGCAGGAAGGAGGGGCAAGGACACGGUCGGUCACUCGGUGAUCAUGAGGAGCAAGUGGGAAGGAGCUCCCGAAGCCUUCACCCUCGUCAUGAAGGAUGCGGAUCCCCUCCGAUCGAAGUUUUCUCCCAAGUACGGGAUGGUGCUGAACCUGCUCCAAGACCGACCCAUCCAGGAGUGCAAGAAGAUCGUCGAGCGAUCCUUCGGCUCUUUCCUCGCGUCGAUCAAGAGACGCGGCAAGUCGGACGGUGCGGAAGACGUUGAGAUGGAGGUGCAGGCAGCGCAAGAUCUCCUUGCGACCGUCGAAGAAUCGGAGUUGCAGAAUUUCGCCAAGUUGACGCAGAGGCUGAAAACUGAGCAGAGAGUUUUGAGAAUUCUUCUGCAGCAGGCUCAAGAGCGGAUGAAUUCUGUUUUCGAGGACACUCUUCCGUACUGCUCCCCAGGCACUCCUCUCCUCCUCACCCCGCGCAAAGAUGCAACCGACAAUCGCCCGGAGUCUGCCGUCCUGCUCGGCCUCCUGUCCGACCAGCUGCUGGACAUAUCAACUCCCAACUACUUCGUCUGCCUGACUUCCACCAACGAUUACCGGGUCGUCACACCCAAAGACAUUGUGGACGUUGACUUGGAGAGCGAGCCGGUCUCCAUGGUAGACGAGCAGGGAGCAAGAGUGGACGUGAACGAGCUCAUCGCCAAGAUCUCCUCUCGGAGUGCGAUCAAGAGAGCAAGCGGCGACUACCUCAUGGUUGCGCCGAGGGAGCUGGCCGCCAUCGCUGCAAGGUUCCUUGACCGCCUCCUCCUCUCCCUCCCCACUCACUCGUUCCUCAGCAUCCCCGUCGUUGAGGAGCCCAAGACUCCUCCUGAGGUCCUCGCGCAACAAGACCGGGUCAACCACGUCGAAGCUCUCUUGACCUCCCAUCCUCUCUUCGCACGCGAGGACAGGAAGGAGCUCCUCCGAGCCUACAAGUUCAUCUCGGAUCAGAUCGCCACUGGUCGCCUCCGACAGAAGGCGACUGAAGUGACUCGCCAUGACCUUCUAAGAGACUUCGGCUUCCUAGUCGAGAACAACGUGACAGACGUCGGCAAGUUGGUUGCCAGUUUGAAUGCCGACAAUUCUCUUUGGGUCGGGUCGGUUCUUCUCUAUAACGAUAUCCUCUAUGAGCUCGGCCCGCAUGAGCUGGCAGCAGCAUUGUCUUGCGUCGUUUCUGACCUCAACCGGCCGGACAUUUACAUCGCCUUCGAUGCCUCUCCCAAGGUUCAAGACUUCGUCGAGCAGGCGUCAGACAUGCAGUCUCGCGUCAUCGCCUCCCAGCUCGCCAACGGCCUGACCUUUGAAGUUCCUCUCGACCCUUCCUUCGCAGGGCUCGUUGAGGCCUGGGCCCUCGGAACAUCAUGGAACUCGCUGCUCGCCAUGACGUCCAUGCAAGAGGGAGACGUCAUCCGCGUUCUCCGCCGGGUCCUCGACAUCCUCCGCCAGAUCCCAAGGCUGCCCUACGUGCCGGGAGAGCGAGGAGUAGGAGCGGAGAUCCGCCUCAACGCCAGGAGGGCCCUCACCCUCAUGGAUCGCUUUCCCGUCAGCGACGACCUGACCUACUCCAUCGAGCUCGACGAGCGGCUCGAGGACGAGUCGAUGCAGGUGUUCGCUCAGGGCAUGGAGGAGAUGCGGACUCGGCUAAUUGGCAAGAGCGGCGUCAGCCUGUCGGAGGACGAGCACGUUCGGUCUGAGCAGCUCAAGGUGAACGUGGGAUGGGAGGAGACGUACGAGGUGGACGCGGACGAGAACGCCGUCAUGUGGCCUCCCCUUUCUUCUCCCUACGAAGUCGACGAGGACCUUGGGUACUCGACGUAUGCCCAGGAGGGCAUUUUAGAGGGUAUGGACGAGCAGGAACAGGAUGAUGAAGAAGAGGACGAGGAGGACGAGGAAGAUUUUAAGGUUUCCAAAAAGAAAAGAGCUGCUGGAGAGAAGGAUGAUGAAGAUUGGAUUCGGGGGCUUGGGCUGGGCAAGGGAGUCGAGUCCCUUCCUGGUGAUCUGCGGAUUUAG